UGAAACCAAAUACCCUGCGAUAUGGUAAAAGGAUUUGGUGGAAAGGGAAAGAAAGAGACAAAUGCUUUUGUCAUGCUUACCACCUUUAUCCGUUGAAAAAUCUUUUCUCCACCGCAGACCCAGAAAAAUAAUAAUAUUGUUUUCUUUUAACCUUUUUGUUGUCUUCUUAUAAAGAGAUGUAAAACACACAAAUACAUUCAGAUUUGAGCUUUCUUCUUAUAUCUUCUAGGGGGACCAGAGAAUCAAAAAUAUAUUGGUUCAACUUCUCUUGAAAAGUGAAGUACUUUGUUUUUCUCUCCAAUGUUUUUCUCUCCAAUUUGAAUGAUUCUGGUGUUUGUUAGCCAACCAACAUGCUCAGAUUCCAAGAAGAAUGGAUGCUUACAAUUGUACCGUCAUAAUCUUCUGCAUCGCCUUGUUUGCAAUCAAUCUAGUGUUUUCAUGUUUCACUUGCUUCUCCAUUCUAUUCAUGACAGAGGAAAACAAGGAUUUGAGUGAUCUCAGGAAGAAUCUUAUCGAACGAGAAGAAGCCAAACCGGAUGAGAAGGUAAUGAUCAUUACAGUCUCGGGUAGCCAAGGAUUCUCAGACUCCAUUGAUGAUGAUUGUGGCCAAGAUUGCUCUCAUGAGGAUAUUUGUGCUUGUUAAAAGAAAAAGUUUAGGUUUAUGUUUCUUUGGAGGCUGAGAUUUAAAGGUUCCACUAAGACAUGGAAAAGAAGAAGAGAAAACAAAUUCCACUCAGAGAAAGUAAAAUAUAAAAGUUUAACAACCAAGUUGUUAGUUGACAAAAGUGACAAUUAAGAAAUUAAUAAAAAAGAAAAACAAAAAAAAACCAAGUGCUAAUAGUGACACAUAUUUAUGGGAAACAAAAAAAAACUCUUUUUGUAUUAUUUUCUAUGAACUUUAUAAUUGCAUAAUAAGGGAAAAUGAUUGAAUCAUAUUCAUCGUUGAUUAGUAGUUAGUUAGAUGUUAGAUCACUAAUAUAUAAAGAAUAUGAGUUAGUUCCAUAAUCCUUUCCACGAACUCGAAGCUUCGAUGGACGCAUUUAAUAUAUUU